CUCGACAGGCUGGAGCUUAGUAACGCUUUGAGGAACUUAGCACGCAUGCUAACACGUCAGGAAACAAACAUUUGGUCAGUUAUUCAUAUCUGUACCGAUUUUAGGGACCGUUAAAGAUGGUAGCGAUGACCAAGAGAAUGAAGGUGUUCCAGGUCGUGUUUAACGAUCCGACUAAAGCUUUUUACUGCAGUGGAGAUAAAGUAGCCGGGAAGAUUGUGGUCGAGGUGAACGACAUCACACGGGUCUCGGCUAUGAGAGUGCUCGGGGUCGGCUGUGCCAAAGUGGAUUACUCCAAAGGGAAACACAGAUGUAGGGAAGAAAUAGACUAUCUCAAGUAUGAAGAAGUGGUUCAGCUGGACAACCAUCCUGCAGAUGUUGAUGGUUCGGUUAUCCUCAGGCCUGGAAACAAGUACGAAUACACUUUUGGCUUUGAGCUUCCACAGCAAGGGCAGCUGGUGUCGUCAUACCAGGGGAAGUUUGGUAGCGUGCACUACUAUGUCAAAGCCUUGAUGGAGAGAGGGUCUCAGCCUGUGCUGGAGUGCAUGAAGAACUUUGAGGUGGAAGAGCCACUGGAUGUGAACACUCCGGACUUGCUGUCUCCUGCAAGCGGCAUGAAGGAGAAGAAGGUCACCUGCAUGUUCAUCCCUGAUGGCCAGGUGUGUCUGAACGCCAAGAUUGACAGACGUGGCUUCUGCGAAGGUGAAGAAAUCUUUAUCGAUGCCAAGUUUGAGAACACCUGCUCACGUAUCGUGGUGCCCAAAGCUGCCAUCGUGGCCAAACAGAUCUACCAGGCCAAUGGGAACACCAAAGUGUUCAGGCAGAAGCUUUCCUCAGUUCGUGGGAAUCACAUCAUCUCAGGGAUGUGUGAUGCAUGGCUUGGGAAGACCAUCCGUGUGCCUAAGAUCAAACCCUCCAUUCUGGGUUGUGGGAUCAUCCGCGUAGAGUACGCCCUCAUGAUCUACAUGCACAUUCCAGGCAGUGAGAAGCUGGUCCUGGAGCUGCCCCUGGUCAUCGGGACAGUGCCUUACAGCGGGCUUAGCAGCCGCAGUAACAGCAUGAGCAGUCAGGAGAGCACAGCCUCCACCAGCUGGGUGUCUCUGCGCAUGCCGUCCUCGUGUCCACCCAGCUACUGCGACGUGACUCGUGACUGCUGCCUGGACCAGCCACUCACACCGCUUCUGGAUGACUAUGACGGAGGGGACAGUCCCAUCUUCAUGAACAGUCCACAGUUCUUCCCUCCACUCCCACCUUACUCAGAGGUGGAGGAAGAGUACAACGCCAACUCCCGCAUGCUUCCAGUCUACUGAGUGGCUUAACUUCUCCAAGCAAGCCAGCCUUCCUUCUCUCAUUAUUCAGGAACCGCAGACGCUUUCUCCCAAGUUAAAAAGCUGACAGGCGAGGAGUGUCCAGGGAUGACUAAGGUCCCGGGGUUUCUGUGUCUGUGCUGUCACGAUGCUCUAGAGUUGUUUUCUGAGCGCGUGUCGUGGUGAACUGUCAGGGAUUGAACGAGCUCACUAUCUUGUGCGCGUCGUUUUGCUGUUCCAAGCCUUCCAUCUUUAGCUUCUUGCUGGAACCAAGGCUUAAUUUGCUCCUAAACAUUCCCUAAACAAAGGGCGCAAAGCAACUUUUAGCUUCCUCACCUGUUACCAAUCAUUCUGUAGAGAUCAUGUGUUGUAGCAGACUUUGUCUGAGGAACUGUUUGAUUUGAUACAGAACAGUGUUUAACCAUAAUGAUGCACUUUCGUAUGGAUGCAGAUUGCUUCCUGACUGCCUGAAGAGACUACUCAUGUUACUUUAAAGCGUUAGUUAUUUUGUCUUCCACUUCUACGUUGCUUCCCCGUCUGUGACGUGUUUCAGUACAUCACAAAUGCUGCACUGAUGCACUGUGUCUGAACGUGGACUUUCCUACUUGGGUGGCCAGGUGACAUCCUGACACCUAAAGUGCCAACGUCAGGGUGCUUGUGUUAUUCUAGUCAGAUCAGGAAAUACACUGUGUUCUUGAAUGUUACUGAUGAUAUCUUUAUUUUUCCAAUGAUGGCCUUUUAUAUUAAAUCUGUGUAAGAUUGUAUGAGAAUGUAUUGCCUUUUUUUUGUAUUAUAAGUGCUUUUGUAUUUGAACCCUGUGGGUUAGUUUUCAAUAAAAGGCUAAAAAUCGUA